AUGUCCCGAUCCGAUCAAGUGAUCGAAAAUCGGGCCGAUCGCGCCAUUUUCAAGAGGAUUGGAAUUGGGCCUUCCACGCAUGAAUCUUUCACUCUUAUUUGUAAUCUACUCCAUGCUGUGUGGAGAGUGUUUUUGCCCGAGCCAGCUGCUGUUGCUUAUGUCAUGGAAGAAUUGAGCCCAACGCAACUAGCUGUCAAGCAGCUGAAGAAACGCUACCUGGAGGCCUUGCAGAGCAACAACGCUCAGGAAGUUGUUAGCAUUCUGCGCACCAAGAAAAUCGAUAUAGACACUGUACUGGAGGUGGACGACCCUGGCAUGGUUCUGGCUUCUUAUAAACAAGGCUAUUGGCUGCCAGGUUACAAACUGGAGAAGUCCUGGGCGAUGGGCCUUCAUGUUUGCGUGAUGUACAACGCUUUGGAAACUGCACUGGUGCUCCUUCAGGAAGGCGCCGCUGUCAACCGGAUGCCCAACGGGAAGACGCCGCUGCACGUGGCCUGCGAGCUGUCCAGCGCCGAUUUUGUGAGUCUGCUUCUAGCACAUGGGGCAAAGGUCAACAUCUUGUCCCUGAGCGGACAUACGCCGCUGCAUUAUUGCAUCAACAAAGAGUCGAUGGACUGCGCCAAAUUGCUCGUCCUUAAAGGUGCAAAUGUGAGUAUGCCCAGUCAAAACAACGAGGAGGACACACCACUACAUACAGCAGCCAGAUUUGGGAUUCCGGAAUUGGUGGUGCUCUAUUUGGCCCAUGGAGCCCCUGUGGAUUUAAUCAACGCCUUCCGGGAAACCCCACUGCUAACUGCUGCCUUUUGGGCUUUUGAUACCAAACGGCAAACCUACAGCCAAGAUCAUCAUCUCGUCUGCCGGCUACUCUUGGACCACAAAGCAGACGUCAACCUUCAAGAGGAGGACAAUAAAACCGCCCUUCACAAGGCUGCCUGGAACUGCGAUCACAUCCUGAUGCAGAUGUUUCUGGAAGCCGGAGCAGACACACGAGCCAUGGACAUCAACGGCUGCUCUCCCAUCCAGUAUCUCAUCAAAGUGACCGAUGUGAGACACACUGCCUUGCAUGAUAUCUGCUACCAACUCCUGCUCAACUACAAUGCAGCUAGGAUCUACCCACCCCAGUUUCACAAGGUGUUGCAGGCCUGCCACGACUACCCUAAAGUUAUUGAGAUCAUGGUCAACUCGUAUGAACAUCUAAAGCCGACAAGGAAGUGGAGAACUGCCAUUCCAGAUGACUGCUACAAGCGCCACACUGACUUUUACGACUCGUUGUUCGCGGUUUGCUCCAACAAUCCUCGGAGUUUGUUGCAUCUGACCAGAUGUGCCAUUCGAAGCAGUAUGGAAGGCUCCUGCCAAAGAGGUGUCCCGCCGCUUCCGUUGCCCUCAAGUAUUAAGAAGUACUUGUUGCUGGCACCUGAGGGGAUUUUGUAUUGA